CAAGGGAGGUGCACUUUGUCUCUGCCUGAUGGCACAUUGUGUUCUCUCCACGGAUGAUUUCCUUGGUUCAGUUCCUGCAAAAGAAUCUCCUGGCUGAGUUGGAGUGACAAUGAGGGCAUCCCUACCAGACCCCAAAGGACAGAAGGGCUUGACUCAAGAGCCUUCCAUUCAACAGCUUCACUGUUACAGCUUCAAUCAUUUGCCAAGGCAGCUUUCCAAGACUUAUCCUGCAUCCCCUGAGAUGUAAAAUUGGCUGGAACAAUCUUCACCAGCCCCCAAGGGAGGUGCACUUUCAGGUUGGAUAUUAUAGUCAUUCCCCUCCUUGGACGUUUUCCUUUGGUUUAGUUGGAGCAAGAGGGAAAAUGAGUCUGCCCUCUUGGGAGACCUGAAAGAGAAGGUAAAGCAUAGAUUGUCAUGGACGAAAGCUAUUCCUGUGCUCGGUGGGAGUCGAAUAAGACUUGAUGGCUGACACUUGCAAACGCUUCAGGGUAGAGAUCGGACGACGGUGAUUUUAAACUUUAUGACACUAGAUGGCGCUGUAGAAAGAAGCAACAGUCGCGCCUCGAUAGCAGAGAAUAAGAGAAAAGCAGCGGCAUUGCUAGUAUUGACAUCACCACCGAGGGAGUGAGGCCGAGCUGGAACGAAUGGGAACUAUAGAGUAUUAGAUUGCUAGAGAGGAGGAGGAGAGAGGACGUUCCUCUUCUGGGUCACCCACGGGAGGAGGAUAAUGGCGUCGGCGGAGCCUCUUGUGCUGCUCGGAGGGCGGAAGCGGCUCCUGGGAGUCACAACUCCACCCUGGUAAUACACCAGAAGACUCAUAUGGGAGGGACACCCUUUGCAUGUCCUGACUGUGGCAAAUGUUUCAGUAGGAAUUCCCACCUGGUGACACACAAGAGGACUCAAUACCCUGAAGAAACCAUAUGAAUGUCCAGAGUGUGGGAAAAGUUUCAGAUGUAAUUCCAAACUGAUAUCACAUCAGACGAUUCACGCGGGAGAGAAACCGUAUGAGUGUCGAGUGUGAGAAAUAAUUCCACCCGGGUGACACACCAGAGAACUCACACAGGAGAGAAACCAUAUGUGUGUCCUUAGUGUGGGAAAAGUUUCAGUCGUAUUUCGAGUGUGAUAAGACACCAGAGGAUUCACACAUGAGAAAAACCGUAUGAUUGCUCAGAAUAGGGGAAAUAUUUCCGUAAUAAUUCCGACCUGAUGACACACCAGAGGACUCACACAGAGGACAAACCGUAUGAGCGUCCAGAUUGUGGGAAAAGUUUCAGUCAUAAUUCCAGCCUAGUGAAACACCAGAGGACUCACAAAGAAGAGAAAGUGUAUAAAUGUCCAGAAUGCGGGAUAUGCUUCAGUAAGAAUUCCAACCUGGUGGCACAUCAGAGGACUCACACAGGAGAGAAACUGUAUGAAUGUCCAGAAUGUGGGAAAAGUUUCAGUCAGACUUCCAACCUUGUGAAACACCAGAGGACUCACACAGGAGAGAAACCGUAUGAAUGUUCAGAAUGUGGGAAAUGUUUCAGUAACACAUCCAACCUGGUGACACACCAGAGGACUCACACAGGAGAGAAACCGUAUGAAUGUCCAGAUUGUGGGAAAAGUUUCAGGCACACUUCCAGCCUUGUGCAACAUCAGAGGACUCACACAGGAGAGAAACCGUAUGUGUGUCCAGAAUGUGGGAAAAAUUUCAGCCAGAAUUCCAAUCUCGUGACACACCAGAGGACUCACACAGAGGACAAACUGUAUGAGUGUGCAGAAUGUGGGAAAUGUUUCAGUAAGAAUUCCAACCUGGUGACACACCAGAGGAUUCACACAGGAGAGAAACCGUAUGUGUGUCCAGAAUGUGGGGAAAGUUUCAAUCAUAUUUCUAGUCUGAAAAGACACCAGAGGAUUCACACAGGAGAAAAACCGUAUGAAUGUUCAGAAUGUAGGAAAUGUUUCAGUAAUAAUUCCGAGCUGGUGACACAUCAGAGGAUUCACACUGGAGAGAAACCGUAUGAAUGUUCAGAAUGUGGGAAAAGGUUUAUUAAUAAUUCCAGCCUUGGGAAACACCAGAGGACUCACACAGGAGAGAAACCGUAUGAAUGUUCAGAAUGUGGGAAAAGGUUUAUUAAUAAUGCCAGCCUGGUGAAACACCAGAGGACUCACACAGGAGAGAAACCUUAUGAAUGUUUAGUAUGUGGGAAAUGUUUCAGUCGGUAUUCCAACCUGGUGACACACCACAGGACUCACACAGGAGAAAAACCGUAUGUGUGUCCAGAAUGCGGGAAAAGUUUCAGUCAUAUUUUCAGUCUGAGAAAACACCAGACAAUUCACACAGGAGAAAAACCGUAUGAAUGUCCAGAAUGCGGGAAAUGUUUCAGUAGUAAUUCCAACCUGGUGAUGCAUCAGACGACUCACACAGGAGAGAAACUGUAUGAAUGUCCAGAAUGUGGGAAAUGUUUCAGUAAGAGUUGCAACCUGGUGACACACCAGAGGAUUCACACAGGAGAGAAACCAUAUGUGUGUCCAGAAUGUGGGAAAAGUUUCAGUCAUAUUUCCAGUGUGGCAAGACACGAGAGGACUCACACAGGAGAAAAACCGUAUGAAUGUCCUGAGUGUGGGAAAAGUUUCAGUCAGAAUUCCAGCCUAAUGAAACACCGGAGGACUCAUUUCCAGGACAAAUUGUAUGAAUGUCGAGAAAAGCACACUUCCAGUCUUGUGCAACAUCAGAGGACUCACACAGAAGAGAAGCCGUAUGAAUGUCCUGAGUGUGGGAAAAGUUUCAGUAAUAAUUCCAGCCUUGUGAAACACCAGAGAACUCACACAGGAGAGAAACCGUAUGAAUGUCCCGAGUGUGGGAAAAGUUUUAGAUGUAAUUCCAGCCUGGUAUCACACCAGACGAUUCACACAGGAGAGAAACGAUAUGUUUGUCCAGAAUGUGGGAAAAGUUUCAGUCGUAUUUCCAGUGUGAUAAGACACAAGAGGACACACACAGGAGACAAACCAUAUGAAUGUACUGAGUGUGGGAAAAGUUUCAGUCAUAUUUCCAGUCUGAUAAGACACCAGAGGAUUCACACAGGAGAAAAACCGUAUGAAUGUUCAGAAUGUGGGAAAUGUUUCAGUAGUAAUUCUGACCUGGUGUCACACCAGAAGACUCAUUCCCAGGACAAAUUAUAUCAAUGUCCAGAGUGUAAGAAAAGUUUCAGUCAUAAUUCCCGCCUUGUGACACACCAGAGGACUCACACAGGAGAGAAACCGUAUGAAUGUCCAGAAUGUGGGAAAAGUUUCAGCCAGAAUUCCACCCUCAUGAUACACCAGAGGACUCAUACAGGAGAGAAACCGUAUCACUGUCCAGAUUGUGGGAAAAGUUUCAGUCACCCUUCCAACCUUGUGCGACAUCAGAGGACUCACACAGGAGAGAAACUUUAUGAAUGUCCAGAAUGUGGGAAAAGUUUCAGUCAUAAUUCCAGCCUUGUGAAACACCAGAGGACUCACACAGGAGAGAAACCGUAUGAAUGUCCAGAAUGUGGGAAAACUUUCAGCCAGAAUUCCACCCUCGUGAUACACCAGAGGACUCACACAGGAGAGAAACCAAAUGAGUGUCCAGAUUGUGGGAAAAGUUUCAGUCAUAUUUCCAGUCUGAUAAUACACCAGAGGAUUCACACAGGGGAAAAACCGUAUGAAUGUUCAGAAUGUGGGAAAAGGUUCAUUAGUAAUGCCAGCCUGGUGACACACCAGAGGACUCACACAGGAGAGAAACCUUAUGAAUGUUCAGAAUGUGGGAAAUGUUUCAGUCAGUAUUCCACCCUGGUGGCACACCAGAUGACUCAUACAGAGGACAAACCACAUGAGUGUCUAGAUUGUGGCAAAAGUUUCAGUCAUAAUUCCACCCUCGUGAUACACCAGAGGACUCACACAGGAGAGAAACCUUAUGAAUGUUCAGAAUGUGGGAAAUGUUUCAGUCAGUAUUCCAACCUGGUGACACACCAGAGGAUUCACACAGGAGAGAAACCGUAUGAAUGUCCAGAAUGUGGGAAAAGUUUCAGCCGGAAUUCCACCCUCGUGAUACACCAGAGGACUCACACAGGAGAGAAACCGUAUGAGUGUCCAGAUUGUGGGAAAAGUUUCAGUCAUAUUUCCAGUCUGAUAAUACACCAGAGGAUUCACACAGUAUGAAUGUUCAGAAUGUGGGAAAAGGUUCAUUAAUAAUGCCAGCCUGGUGACACACCAGAGUUUUCACACAGGAGAGAAACCGUAUGAAUGUUCAGAAUGUGGGAAAUGUUUCAGUCAGAAUUGCAACCUGGUGACACACCAGAGGACUCACACAGGAGAAAAACCGUAUGUGUGUCCAGAAUGUGGGAAAAGUUUCAGUCGUAUUUCCAGUGUAAUAAGACACGAGAGGACACACACAGGAGACAAACCAUAUGAAUGUACUGAGUGUGGGAAAAGUUUCAGUCAUAGUUCCAGUGUGAUGAGACACCAGAGGAUUCCCACAUGAGAAAAACCGUAUGAAUGUUCAGAAUGUGGGAAAUGUUUCCGUAAUAAUUCAGACCUGGUGACACACCAGAGAACUCACACAGAGGACAAACCAUAUGAGUGUCCAGAUUGUGGCAAAAGUUUCAGUCAUAAUUCCGGCCUAAUGACACACCGGAGGACUCAUUUCCAGGACAAAUUGUAUGAAUGUCGAGAGUGUAAGAAAAGUUUCAGUCAUAAUUCCAACCUGAUGAGACACCAAAGGACUCACAGCCUUGAUAAAGGCUAAUUACCUUUUCUGGUGAUCAGCAGAACUUUCAUGAUAUUCCCUUUUGCAGAGGUGUGGAAUUCUUCAAGAAGGCUUUUGGGUGGUAUUUUUUAUAUUGAUUAUUGAAUUCCCAUGAUUGGAGUUUCCAUCUUUUACCUUGGUGUCCUCCAGAUUUUGAAUGCCAGAAUUUCCCAACUACAUACAAUUAGUCCUCGAAAUAUAAGGGUAAUGGGGCCUAUCUAUUAUAGUUUUAUGUUGCAAUCACAAUUAGGGUUUUAUGUUGCAAUCACUGUUAAAGGAGACGGCUUUGCUUAACUACCCCCACCCCCUUCUCUCCCUGAUAAAGCUGGUCAAUGAAUGUGUGAGUUACUAAACGAUGAAGAUCACUGAACUUUAUUUUGGGAAAAGAGGGCAGGACAUGCAUCCCUGGGCUGCAUGAUUGUGUUGUGGAAGCAGCUGUCAUUUUCAUUGUGCCUGGAAUUCAUGGUGACAGCAGGGAUCAAACAUGCCAUCCGUAAUGUGUCCCUUCAUGCGCACAAGAGGUUUAAAUCCAGCCCACCUUGAAUUUCUUUGACUCUUAUAUACUUCCAAAUUGCUUUUUUGCAAGUUUCAACCAACUUUUAUAUUUCUAAUCAUAAACACAUAUUAAGUUGCAGUCUUGUCAUUGUUCAGUUAUUUCAUGUUUUCUCUUAUUGCUUUUAUUUUAUGAUACAAAAGUGUAUACUGUUUCCCCUUUCUCUUAUUUCUAUCUCUUAUUCUAACUUUUAAUCAUGUCACCCUAUAUUAAAAGACAUUUUCUUUCUGUCCUACCCA